CUCAAACCUUUACAUGAGAAACAAAGAUUUAAUUAAGGAAUUGAACGUGGUUCCUCCUCAUGCACAAGACAUUCAUUUCUCAACAAAAUAUUCAACAUCCUAUUUCACUCAGUUCCAAGCUUGCUUGUGGAAACAGCACAAGUCAUAUUGGAGAAAUGUUCCUUAUAACGCAGUGCGUCUCAGUUUCGGGGCUGCUGUUGGGAUCAUGUAUGGAGUCAUCUUUUGGAGCCUCGGCAAAAGAAAAGGAACAAGACAAGAUAUCUUCAACAGUGUAGGUGCAAUGUCAACUACUAUUGGCUUCUUAAGCUCACAAAGUGCGGCAACUGUGCGUCCUGUCGCUAUGGCUGAACGUACUGUUUUUUAUCGAGAAGCCGGUGCUGGAAUGUACUCGGCUCUACCCUAUGCAUUUUCACAGGUACCUUCAUUUCUAUGUACCAAUUAA